GCAUAAUAAAGCCAGCCUCCUUCAUUCACCAGUGAUUUUACCAAGUGAGUUACAGAGAUUAUGGUGUCACAGUCAAAGGCUGUUGAACUGUGUAGUUUUUGACAUCUCUCAGUCAUAUUUAAAUCAUGAAGGUUACAGACAGUAAUGUGAUUCGGUUUCACCUUCAAGUUAUUUAUGGAAUAACUGUGAAGAGCUUUGAGAAGAAGAAGGAGAGACUUUUCAUCUGUGGUACAAAGAUCUUUGGUGUUCCUCUGGAAAACUUACCCCGGCGAUACAUCCCUGAGUUUGGACUGGUGCCCUGCUUUUUGGUGGAUGCUUGUUCAUUUCUUCUGGAGCGUGCUGGGACCGUAGGCCUGUUCAGAAAACCAGGCUCUCUUCCUCGCAUUAAGACCCUCAGGGCCAAGUUGAAUCAUGGAGAGGGGUGUCUAUCCACAGCCCUCCCUUACGACGUGGCAACUCUCAUCAAACAGUUUUGCAGGGAGCUGCUGGAGCCUUUGUUUCCCUCUGAGCUCCACGCAGCUCUGCUCAAAGCCCAGGCGCUGUCCAACCUGCAGGACAGGACUUCAGCCCUCCAGCUGCUGUCCUGUUUGCUUCCUGCCAGAAACUCCUCCUGUCUGCAUUACCUCUUUGACUUCCUCACCAAAGUCUCCCAGAGAUGCACCGAAAACUUGAUGACAAGCUCCAACCUCGCCACAGUCUUCACUCCGUGUCUCUUACCACCUCCCAACAAGGCAGAGAUGUCCGAAGGGCGUCUUGAACUCAGAGUUCUUGUCCUUCGCACCUUCAUUGAAAAUCCUCACUUAUUUGGUGUGAUCCCUAAAGCUGUAAUGGACAGUAUGGAGUUUCUGAUGAAUUUCCAUCUUCUGAAAGACACAAAGAGAGGACAUAAAAGAAGACACAGCUUCAAAGUAAUGCAGACUGUGAAGACGGUGCCCUGGAUUCACAGGAGGUCAAAGGUCAGGCCUGCAGUCUCUGAGCAGAAGCAAGGGUCCACCUCAGGAGACAAAAAAAUGCUCCGGAGAAGCCUCGGCCUGGAGACUUUCCCUAAUGUCCAGCUGUUUAGGACCUGUAUGCCUUGUGCAGACCAAACUUUCGGACCUGCAACGGCUUUGUUGGACAGUCCCCCCAAAGAAGCAUGCAAGACCCCGCAAGAGAGACUGAAAAGAGAUCUGCAUUUGGGUGAUUUCCCGAGGUUCACCAGAGGACCAGAUGCAGGCAGCUCUCCUGUUCUCACAGGUGUCGGGAAACUGCAUCUCACAACUUGGAGAAGACGCACUAUGACAGAAAUGGGCUCGGCGGUGCGGUUAUCGUUGCUCGGCCUCCUCCUGUGCCUGCAGCUCGGCAGGGCUCCAGCCCGCAGCCCCCGCACGGCGGACCAAGUGUCUGAGGCCGACAUCCAGCGGCUCCUGCACGGCGUCAUGGAGCAGCUGGGCAUCGCUCGGCCCAGGGUGGAGUAUCCCGCACACCAGGCCACCAACAUUGUCGGGCCUCAGAGCAUACAGGGUGGUGCUCACGAGGGGCUGCAGCACCUCGGCCCCUUUGGCAACAUCCCCAACAUUGUGGCCGAGCUGACAGGCGACAAUGUUCCCAAAGACUUCAGCGAUGACCACGGAUACCCAGACCCCCCAAACCCCUGUCCCCUGGGAAAGACAGCAGCGGACGGCUGUUUGGAAAACGCUCCGGACACAGCCGAGUUCAGCAGAGAGUUUCAAAAACACCAGCACCUAUUUGACCCAGAGCACGACUACCCAGCCCUGGCGAAGUGGAACAAGGAGCUUUUGUACCAAAAACUGAAGGGAGGCCCGAAAAGAAGAAAAAGGAGUGUCAACCCAUAUUUAAUGGGCCAGAGGCUGGACAACGUGGUCGCCAAAAAGUCUGUUCCUCACUUCUCUGAGGAAGAGGAGGAAGAUGCACCGACCAGCUCUGCUGCCAGCAAAGCCACAACCUAAACUCCGGCACCUGCAACACUCCCUGUAAUAUUAACGUAUAUUCUCAGUUUUUAAUGCUACAUAUUUAAGCAUUUUGGUUGACAAGCAAUGGAAUUGUGACUCCAGAGUAAGUACUGUGAAAUAAGAAAUAGUAAGUAGAAAAAAGAUAAACAAUUUGAAAAUUGGCCCCAGAUCUUAUUCACUAAUUAGGCACAACAUCUGUCUUACAACUGGGGCUCUUUAUUUUUAACAUAUGGGCUUAAUUGGUAGGCCGUUACAGUGCACCUGCCUUUAAUAAACCAUUACAAUCUGAGAGCUUGGUCCAUGGAAACAAAAUCUGAGGGCCUUGUUGACACUCUGUGACCCUCAUCUGUCACUACGGGGGGCAAAUUUCAGCUCAAGACAGAGAAAAUGAAAAAUCUCAACACAAAAUCGAAAUUACUUGUUGUUUCUGAAGCUCAAAGCUUCGCAAACAGCAAGUAGGUUGGACUUUGUGUUGAGAUUUAUUUUGACAGCUGCUGUUUUGAAGGUCAAGAAAGAACCCUAAAGCUCAAAAACCAAAAUAUUACUCUGAAGUUUGAAAGAUUGUCUUGGAGCGAAAAAACAAAACAUGUCAAAAUAUCUCUGAGCACUGAGGAUUACACUUCCAAGUGUGAUAAAUAAAUUGGAAAGAUCUCUGAUCGAAAACUUAAUGAGCCAAAUAUCCGUUAUAGUGUAUUUUAUUAGAAUAUUCAAGAUGUAUCUUUAUAACGGGAAAAAGAUUCUCAGUUUACUUAUACCAACCAAUUUUAAAGCAUAUAGAAUAGUCACAUUGCCUGAGAUUUACAAAUUAAACCCAAAAUGCUAAAAUACAAUGUGUUAAAAAACUUGACUGGCAGUGUACAGUAUAUCUACAACUGUAUUAUAAUAAGAAGUUGUAUAAAGAUAUAUUGAUUUGGAGGAAUGUUGAAUGAGAAAGUUAUUAUUACUCAUGAAUGUACAGAGAUCAAUUUACUCACAUUUUGAAGUUUCUGAAGUUUAAUUUUUGUAUGUCUUGAUAUAACCAGUUAAUCACCUCUGUGUCUUGAAGCAAAGAUUCAAUACAGAUCAUAUUCUUAGUAGUGAAUUAUAAAUUGUAGUAGCUUUGCUUUGUCAUGUAAGGGAUGACUGUGAACUGUGUCACUGUAGCAUGGCAAAUAUUUUAAAUCUUAUUGUGAUUAGUAUCUGUUCUCUUCACUAUAAUGCAGUAAUAUGAGUCUCUACAGGCAGCAAUGAAUCUGUCUUGGGUCACUUCAUGUUGACAAAAAUGUUUGUGUUAUGUUUUUGUUCUGUAAAGUCAAAUAAACGAUUUAUCUGCAUUGA